AUGGAGCCCGCAAUGCAGAAUUCGAAUCCUACUAUCCUAAACGUUGCAGAUCUUCCCACUCGGCUGCGUCCUGCAUCAUCUCGCAAAUCGGGCACUUACAGAGGCGGAAUCCUUGCGUUAACGCUUUCCUCUCUAGUACACCCCACUGACCUCGCUCUCAGUCCCUAUGAAUCCGAAGAGUCUGACGAUGAUACUGGUUUGAUGGAAGAACCGAUUGAUGAACAGGAGAUAUAUGAUCUUGUGUCAACUAUAUCCGACCCGGAGCAUCCCAUUUCGUUGGGAGCUUUGGCGGUUGUGUCGCUUCCUGACAUUUUCAUCAGACCGACACUUCCGGAAGUACCGAGCUCUCUUCUUCGAACGGUGACCGUCCUUAUCACUCCGACGAUAACUCAUUGCAGUUUGGCCACAGUCAUAGGCCUUGGUGUACGAGUCCGGCUUGAACAGUCGCUACCCCCGCGGUUCCGUGUGGACGUGCGGAUCAAAGAAGGAACGCAUAGUACAGCCGAUGAAGUCAAUAAACAAUUAGCCGAUAAAGAAAGAGUGGCUGCUGCACUAGAGAAUGGGACACUAAUGGGCGUUAUUGCGAAAAUGCUGGAAACGUGCCAAUGA